AUGCUACCGGUGCAGGGCUUUAACAAAGGGGAAAGCUUAGCUGAUAUCGGGGAAAUUCCGCAAGCACAACGAAAGCAGCAAAUAAGUGAAGCCGGAACGGUAAAAAUGCCACUCAGGGCUGAUACUAUCCGGGAAGCAGAUGCUCCUCCACCAGUUCCUGGCGCUCAGGUUGGUCAUAGUCGCAAACGCACUGUGAGCCAUGAGGAUUAUUUGACGGGCCGCGGGGCAAAUCCAAGGACCGGCAUCAUCAGUCCAAGUAUAUCAAGCAGUAGCAAUACAUCAGAUGACCAUCUCUCACACAGGGAAUUAUUAAAUCACUGGAAUACCCAAAUGAGCAAGAAGUGGCGGCUAAAGGGCGACCAGUGGAUAAGUUUGGGCAAAGAUGAGAAAACGCCAUUGCCUUCCCCAUCUUCUAAGAAAUCAAGCAUUGAUCCGGAUAUUGAUGCUGAAGAAAAGGUGCGAUCGUACAUUCGACGUUUCCACCGGCGUGGUGUCCCGCUUUCUCAAGUUGAAGAUCGAUUUGUCGUCCACAUGCCGUCCGCCAGGGAGCCUUGCCCGCCCACCAUGACUGGCGAGCAAAUCCUAGAGUUUCAAAAGGCAAUUGAUAAGCUCUACAAGAACGGCGAGUGCACCUUGGAUUCAAUUUCCUUGCUUCCUCCACAACCUAACCAAGAAGGCCAAAGAUCUCCAGGUAAAAAACUGUCAAAGAGGAGGCUUCAUAAAUUACAGCCAACGAUAAAGGACGAAAUGCACAGUGUUACCGAGAGAGAUCAUCAUGUAGAUGCAUUCGAUGGGCGCAAUCCUUUUUUAGGGGUUGCGGCGAAGGGUACAGAACUUCAAGAACCAGACGAGCCACGCUACCCUUCGCCUCUGUGGAUGACCACCCUACCGAUCCAAAGGAAACCUGUACAGAAUCAGUAUUGGUCAACGGGGACAAUGCAAAUGGAAAGUGUGGUGCUGGCGCAACAUGCUCAUCUCACCACCUUUCCAAAGGAGUUGCUGAAGAAAGGAGAAAUAGCAGAUGUCCCAGCAGCCAAGGCUUGCCCCCAACUCAACCAGGGAGCUGCAUCCACUACCACUACCACUAUGCCCCAAAUGCUCCAGUUCCCAACCCUGAAUCGCAACAGAGUCGAGGACGCAAACCUAAACGCGGCUCUAAGUCUCGCAAAAGAGAGGAGACAGCUUUGUGCAUCUGUUUCCCCUAUUUCUCUGAAUCUCAACGCAAAUAUCGGAAACGUCGAUUGCGUGAAAGACAACAAGCACAAUAUGGAAAGCAACGGUUGGAACCCGACAAUAGGCAUACAAGCAUCCGAGCCUAUCCAUCCGCUCACGGACAGCAACCAUGGCAGUGACUUAAGAAACUCUUCCUUUUUCCACUCUCAAAUGCAAUUUUCUUGCAUCCAGUGGCGCCCUAAUUGUUCGAUUGGAAGCAGCAUCUUUCCACGGCCCCGUGAGCGUCAUCUGAACACUCCUACUCCAAAAAUCAUACAACAGUGGAUUAAUCUUUUCUCCUUCGUCCUAGCUUUAUAUCUUAUCCGAGCAGUCUUCAUUUUUAUUGUUUCUUUUGGAACCUACACGAGCCGUUGA